CUUUGCUUGCUUCAUCUUUCUCUUUUGUUCUUUGUUCUCCUCAACUUUCUCCAGACUUUGGCUAAAAUAAAUCUUAGCUUGAAAAAGGAAGAGAGCAAAGACAGAUAUAGUUUCUUUUUAUAAAGUAAUAAUUUCCAAGAAAUCUUGAAGUAAUGGCCAUGAUUACUAAUGGAUUUGGAGGACAUGAUAUGUUGGCACCAUUCACUGCUGGGUGGCAGAGUGAUAUGGGGCCUUUAAUUAUAGAGAAAUCAGAGGGAUCCUAUGUUUAUGACAUAAAUGGGAAGAAGUACCUUGAUACUUUAUCUGGUUUGUGGUGUAAUCCCUUAGGGGGAAAUGAGCCUCGUCUUGUUGAAGCUGCAACAAAACAACUCAACACAUUGCCAUUUUACCAUUCAUUUUGGAAUCGUACCACAAAACCUUCUUUGGAUCUUGCAAGGGAGCUCAUAGAUUUGUUUACUGCAAAUAAAAUGGCGAAAGUUUUUUUCACAAAUAGCGGAUCAGAAGCCAAUGACACUCAGGUGAAGCUAGUUUGGUAUUACAACAAUGCACUUGGCAGGCCAAAGAAGAAGAAAUUUAUUGCUCAAGCAAACGCAUACCACGGGACCACUUUCAUUUCCGCUAGUCUCUCUGGUAUUCCUGCACUACAUCACAAGUUCGAUUUGCCAGUUUCAUUUGUUUUGCACACUGACUGCCCUCAUUAUUGGCGAUAUCAUUUGCCAGGUGAGACGGAAGAGGAGUUCUCGACAAGGUUGACCAAUAAAUUGGAAAAUCUUAUACUCAAAGAGGGACCUGAAACAGUAGCUGCUUUCAUUGCCGAACCAGUAAUGGGGGGAGGAGGUGUCAUUCCUCCUCCAGCAACCUAUUUUGAUAAGAUCCAAGUUGUUCUCAAGAAGUAUGACGUUCUGUUUAUUGCGGAUGAGGUCAUAUGUGGAUUUGGAAGGCUCGGGACAAUGUUCGGCUGUGAAAAGUACAACAUUAAACCUGAUCUUGUCUCUGUAGCAAAGGCACUUUCAUCUGGAUAUAUGCCAAUUGGUGCUGUCCUUGUAAGCCAUGAAAUUUCUGAUGUUAUACAUUCUGAAAGCAAUAAAAUAGGUGCUUUUUGCCAUGGAUUUACUUAUUCUGGACACCCAGUCUCGUGUGCGGUUGCCUUGGAAGCACUGAAGAUUUACAA